AAAUAUAUAUUAUUUUGAUUUUUUUUUUUUUUUUUUGAAUUGAUAUCGAUACGACUUAGUUAUCGAUCGAAAUUACGCUACUACGUGUCGAGUCAUGAUUGAAAUGAAUAUUUUUUCUAUUAGUAUCUAUAUAUUCAUAAUCAAAAUUUAGUAUUCUACAAUAAUAAAAGAAUAAUUAAGAUCGGUUACAUUAAUAUUUUAUCUUUGAGUUAAAUCUGAGCUGGAUUAUGGCACCAAAGUUACCUACUUCCAUCUAAUGCCUUUACUAAUUAUAUCAAACAUCAUAACGACCCAAGUAUAUAAAUAAUACUUAAUACAUAGCAUCCUCCAUUUCAUAGAAUAAGCCAAUCACCAGUCUUUUCUUAGUAGGAAGGUUUGAUUACCAACCAUAGGCUCCACUCUGGGUCUCCCUAUCACCACCGUCACCACCACCACCACCGACUAUUGAAGUCCCUCACGCGUCCCUCCCAAAGCCCAAUCCCAAGUUGCACUUCAGAACCACCUCCCGUUCCAAGGCAUCUCCGGCUAACAGCUACGAGGCGCGAGAUGGCCCAGAAAGCGUUCGAGGCGGGCGUCGCGUUGGCCGUCAUGGCCAUCAUGCUCUCGGCCCUCGCUUCGGCGCAGUCCGGCUGCACCACCGCCAUCAUCAGCCUCGCGCCGUGCCUGAGCUACAUCACCGGCAACACCUCCACGCUCUCAUCCUCGUGCUGCUCACAGCUGGACAGGGUCGUCCAGUCCGAACCGGCGUGCCUCUGCUCGGUGCACAACGUCUGGGCCUCCUCGUUGGGGGUCACCAUAAACCAGACCCGACCCUUGGCCAUGCCGGCGGCUUGCAACGUCCGGACCCCACCGAUUAGCGAGUGCAACUCUGUGGCCGGUGGGCCAGCAAAAUCCCCGACGGCUUCACCGACGGCUCUAGCAACACCGGCCAAUCUCGCAAGAGGGACCCCAUCCACACCAUCAUCGCUUAGGGCAGAAGGUGGAUCGAUGGCAACCCGGGCCACGACCUCAGAUGGCACUUCCUACAAAUCACCUCCCUCUCUGAUGCUCUCAAUUCUCUGUCUCGCCGCCUGCGUCUCCUUCGCCAACCUCUGACUCGACUGGGAGAACUCGAUGAUGACUUCCUGCUGCCGUCGAUCAUUUGUUCGCAUGCAUCUGUUUGUGUCAACUCGGAUUCUUUCUUUUCAGCUUCCUCGUUGCUGCUCUGCAUUGAAUGAUUUGGAAUUUGAUGUACUUAAUUAUCCUCUGAGACGAUUAAAAGAUUGAUUGAUUUGCUCAUAGCUUCCUUGAAUCAUUAGAAGUCAAUUCCAAUUAAUGAAUGGCAGGACUCUUUCUUUC